GACUGAAAUUCGAUGUACUCGUUUUUCUCCCCUGAUUAAUUAGCGAGCCAGUGAUCCUGGUGAACCCCCAUACUUUUUGAACCGUCCAACAGACUGUUAGUUUUAUUGCCAGUAAAGCCGUCAAUUGAUGGUUGGUGCAUUGCAGCAUUCGGCUAGGUGUACAAAAAAUUAAAGGGAAAAAAACUGAGGAAUCAUUUGAGUUGCCAACAUAAAUGGAAUCAGGACGUUCAAGGGAUAUCUUCGUCCAGUUUGGAGGUCCCAUCGGAUUGCUAUGGGCCGCUUUUUUCAUUGUCCAUGGCAUCGCAACCAAUUUAUAUUCCCCAAAUAUAUACAAUGCACAAGUGUACUCCAGUUCCGUUGCCCUGGGCACCAAACCCGAGUACGCCGUAGACGCCGACUUUUACGAACCGGCUCCAACCUGCUUUUCGACCGAUGAUCAGCUGCCUGACACACAGGGGUUCCAUUGGAUCUUGCUCGAUUUGGGAACAAUUAUUCGCAACAUCCGCGAGGUUCGUGUUGUAACGGAUGUGAAAGCACAUGAAAAAGACAACUUGGUGGAGGUAGAAGCAUUUGUUGUCACAGGGCUUGAUAACUCGAAGCAGGAUCUGAGUCAGACGGAACCUCCAAGCAUGAAACCGUCACUUUCGUGGAGCUCGCCAUCCUUUCAGUACUGUUCUUCAUCCAAUGAUAGCGAAAUUCGUGGUCAAACGGCUACCAUCCGGUGUGCGGAGCCAUUGAGUGGACGGUGGCUGGCGAUACGGAGAAAGAAUACUCUUCAAGUUUGUCUCGUCAGUGUUUAUGUGGAGAGGGCAUUUGAAGACUGUUUUCGCGUGCUUCCUAACCUGUCAGUUAUGGACUAUCGUGGCUCAGUUUUCCGUUAUGUGAGGCACGUAUCUGAACAGGACUGCCGUACUGCGUGCAUAAAAGCUCCAAAUUGUGACGCCAUGUUGUUUACAAAGCAACGAUUCUCCGGUACCUGCCAACUGGUUCAAUCUUUCCAAGUCACUAACGAGAACGAGUCGGGAGCUUUGGAAACUGAUAUUCUGUCGUGUGCGUCGGAGAACUGUCUCCUCAUUAUAAACGAUUGUCAUGAAGGAAUACUGAAGAAGCUGGAACCUGUUGCUCGCUUCUCUGAACCAGAUCAAGACAACCAGCUGGUGCAAGACUGGAGGGUACAAGCUGAGAAAUUCACUAGGAAUAAAGGGAAAAGCAAUGCACAAACCACCUACCUCUUGUCUGUUUAUUUUGACGGACGAUUGGAAUGCUCCGAAUGGAACUGUGGGUUAAUCUACGUAUAUUCAGUGGAUGCUGAAGGAACGGAAACCCUUUGCACAUUCAUUAACACUGAACACAUCACACUGUUGGAGAAUACUCGGCUACGAUGUGACUACUCGACGAAUAGUCCAAGAAAUACUACGCUUAUCCGUUUGAAGUGGAAAGCACCGAACCAAGACGAGGAUGCGGGACAUUUACAAAUCAAGCUGGUUCAUGGUCACAUACGAAUCUCAAUGUCAGAACCUCUGAAUGGCAUUCAUCUUCUCACAACUAGUGCUCCAAUCGUGCGGAAAACUGCUAAGAUUGAUACCACUACCAAACCGCCCCUCCUGCCACUCAACGUAGAAGGCCUCAUACUGGAGGAUUCUACUGGAAGCCCAAAGCAAUAUUCUGAAGAAUUUCACUCAACGGAAGAAGACGAGGACAUGUUUACGAGUCUGUCACAAACCGGUGAUGCAGAGAUGCCAAAACCAGAACACAAUUUCGAUGAUCCUCCCAUAGGGUUCUACCCCCAAUCAACAACAAGUGAACCCAAAACCACAGUGAAUGAUCCCCGCCAGUGGAAUGACUUUCGUCACAGGCGCAACGAGACCCAGUUUGAUCAACCGCAGACGGAGAGCCAGCAGAAAUCGCCUACCAAUGAGAAUGAUGACAAAAGAGUAAAGGUGCUUCAUUACCGUGGAGCAUCUAGAUCAGUAGAUGCACGUCUUCCAGCUAACAAAGUUGAUGACAAUAGCAUGGCCCAUUCGAGAGAACGUUUGUCCUUAUUAAUCUUGUUAGCCAUCCUGGUAACUGCUCACUAUGCAUUUGACGCAAUUGUUCAAAAUGUCUUUUGCCGUGUAUGAAUCGACUGUUUUUCAAAUGGCGUAGAUUUUUUGUGUAUCACAUCUCGGGAAAACGUCCACUACCAAUUCUUUGAAUAUAUUCCCUCUCUUUUAAAUAUUAAAGCGCCUGUACUAGUAUCUGACUGUGAGAAUGCGAUUAUCUUCCAUCCAUUUUCUUCAAACCAUCAAAUACCAAACUUUUCUGAAGAUGCUCGGA